UAUUAACACAAAUAAAAAAGUUUUUAAAGUAAUGAGGUCACUGCGGUUUCCCUUCUUGUUUUCUCAGCCCACGAACCUGCCUGGAACACCUCGGAACACCACCCCGCGUCGUUUCUCGGCCACAUUUGCCGCCGCCGCCGCAGCUGUCGGAGUUGCAGCUGUUGCGGGCGUGGCAGUUGUGUCACAGAACCCGAAGCACCCGUUUCUCCAAAACGCAGCGAAUUUUCUCUUCCCAAAUCACUCUUCUCCUCUCUGGGGCUCGCUCUCUCUUGCUGAUGGCUCAGCUCCCGUCGUCGAACCAAAGAGUGGAGUUUCUUUUCCUCCGGUUCUGGGAAAUUCCCUUCGACUUCUCGGGGUUGGGUUGAGGAAAAAGAGCAUCUUGGGAUUGAAGAACAUCGAUGUCUAUGCAUUUGGUGUUUAUGCCAAUGGGGAUGAUGUUAAGAAGUUUUUGAGUGAGAAAUAUGGGAAUUUAUCUGCUUCUGAACUUAAAGACAAUAAAGAUUUUAAUAAUGAUCUUAUGGAAGCUGAUAUAUGCAUGACUGUUAGACUCCAGAUUGUCUACAGAAAAUUGAGCAUCCGAGCUAUACGUAGUACUUAUGAAGAGUCAGUUGGAAGCAGGCUCCAAAAGUUUGGUGGAUCAGAUAAUAAAGAACUACUUCAAAGGUUCACUUGUCAAUUCAAAGAUGAAUAUAAAGUACCAAGGGGAUCUGUGAUAGAUCUCUCGAAGGAACGAGGCCAUAUACUUAAGACAAUAAUUGAUGGUAAAGAGGUAGGAAGUAUACAGAGCAAACUCCUUUGUAGAUCAAUUUUGGACUUGUACAUCGGUGAAGAUCCAUUUGAUAGACGAACCAAGGAAGAUGUUGAGGUCAAUGCGGCAUCAUUCCUUCUGAAGUAGAUGAGGAACCAUCAAAAGAAACUCAAAAGCAUCUUUGUUCCUUGUUUCAUUUCCUUUCACCUUUCACCUUUCACGUUUCACAGAGUGUCAUCGAACUGGGUUUUUUUUUUUUUUUUUAUGCCUUUUAAGACAUGAAGAGAUUCUUCCAGGUUAAACUUAUUCUUAAGAGAUUGAAACAUUUGGUAGUGUUAUAUCCGACAGUCCCAAAACGGUGCUAGAUGGUGUGGAUUAUUAGAUGCCCUCCUCCAGGCCUCCACUGAAAAAAAAGAAAAAGGGAGGGUUGGGGGACCCUCAUCCCCUUCCGCCGCCUUUUUCUAUCCUCAUAAAAAGACAAAGGCGAUAAGAAUAAGAUGAUAUGAAGUGAAACGUGGAAUUCUGGCAGCCGCAACAAUAGUCAAUAGAUGAUCUGCAACUUCUAUUGUUUAAGGAAGGAUGCUGGGGUGAAACCUUGAUUGUGUUGGGUCAAAGGCUAAAAUAACUCGGUUUUUAAAUUGUUUGAAAUCUUUAAAACUCUCUAGUCAUCGUGUGAAACGUACGCUAGUGCAUAAAGCAGAGGUACAGGAACAAAAAAGAAUACAAAAAGGCCAAUAACAUCAGUUGCUUCCAGCUCCACAGCUUCUACUUUCUACCUUGAGAGAUUUCUUUGCUUCUCUUUUCUAACUUUAAAUAUCUCUUGCGGUCCCGCACCUCCAAUCAACUACAAAACGAAGGAAAAUGGAAACAGGGCAAAUAGCCAAAUGGGCUUCCACGAAUCCAACUAGGUACAUUGUUUUCUUAGCAAAAUGAUUAUCCUAUUGCACGUCUGCCUCACCUUAGGCCAAUCAAAUUAAUUUGAUCUCAUUGAACAUGAUUGAAUCACAUCAUCUAUCAUCUACAUGAAAUCCAAGUUUAUAAGUAAUAAAAUUUUAAUAAUUUUUUAUUAUAAA